UGUGUCUUAAAAUAAUUAAGACUUAUUUCAUGGCGUUCUCCUAACCGUUACUUAAAUAAAAAACUCUCUAGUAAACCCAGCUUAACUCCACCGCGAUGCCUAAGAGAUGACCGGCCUUACUCUGCAAAUACUUCUCAUCUCCAUCGUCGCCGCGGCGGCAGAACCGAAUUCAUCGCCCAACCAUGCCGGAAGCAGCGCUCAGAUAACCUUUCGUCCAAGCAUCGCCGUGGUGAUCGGAAUCUUCUCCAUCAUGUUCUCCCUAACCUUCCUACUCCUCGUGUACGGCAAAUUCUGCCACUCCAACGGCUCCAACUUCUUCACCAUCCCUGGAAUCAUAAUAUCUAGCAACGGAAACCUGCACGACGACGGUCGGUCUUCCGGUAUUGAAAAAGCGAUGAUAGAAUCCCUCCCCUUCUUCCGAUUCUCCGCCCUCAAAGGCUCCCGUGAAGGUCUCGAAUGCUCUGUCUGCCUCUCCCGCUUCGACGACGCCGAGAUCCUCCGCCUCCUUCCGCGCUGUAAGCACGCGUUUCAUAUGGACUGUAUUGACAGAUGGCUCGAAGCUCACUCAUCCUGCCCUCUCUGCCGAACUCGCGUUGAAAUUGACGAUAUCGCUUUCUUCAAAUACUCCGCCAGUUCACGUUACCUCCGCGACCCGUUGGGCCGGCCCGCACCGGAAGUCGUGGAAGACGGCGGCGAUUCCGGACUCGAGCUCUACGUCGAGCGCGAGCUCGUCCCAACCGGCGGAGCCAGGUCCAGCUUCCGGUGGGCCGAGAGGCUGAAAUUUACCGCCGGCGGCAAGCAGGCUAAGCCGCUACACAACUUCAAGCACCGGAUAAUGGUCUCCCAAGUCGUUUUUCGGAGCCGGUGGAGCGAUUUCAAUUCAGCCGAUUUGAUCAGCCUCGAUUCUGAGAUGCUGCGGGUGAUAUCGAGCAGGAGGUUUGAUCCGGCUGGCUCCAGUAGCGGCGGGAUCAGUGAAGCGAUUUCACCGGAGGUCGCGGCGGAAGGGGUGUCUACGAUAAAGGAAGAGAUGGAGAGGAAGAGGAGAUUGGAAAGUAAGGCGUUGCAGAUGCAAAUGGUGGCGGAGGAGUAUUCGAGUGAGUUCUCGGCUGGAGGGAUGAGAGCUUUGAUCUCGCCGGCGAGUAGGUGUAUGUCGGAUAUCACUGCGGUGAGGAGUUAUCGUCCGUUGCGGAGCCAUGGAGAGAAAGAUGAGAAAGUGAGGCAGAUGUGGCUUCCCAUCGCGCGGCGGACGGUGCAGUGGUUCGCCGGAAAGGAGGGGAGGACGAUGCUAAAGCCGGAAGGCGGUGGAGACGGCGAAGAAAACGUGUAGAUGGUUGACUUAUUUGAUUGAACGAAGUCUCAUAAAUCAGACGAAGAUUUACAAAGUUUCUGAAUAAGAUUUGAUCGAAGGAAUUGGGCGAUUUGCUAUAAAAUUAAUUCACUGAAUUUUUUUUAAAACAAUUGUAGGAGAUAGAUAGAUUGUGUGAAACUGUUUA